CGCACCACCACUGACAGUACCUGCCAAGCUCCCACAGCAUGGAUUCUGCGUAUGAUCACAUUCAGGAGGAGAGCUACUCCCAGGAUCAGUCUAAGAAGCAGACGGGCGAAAGCAGCUCCAAUGCGCAGCCCAGCAACUUCAACACCGAGGUCCAGGAGGCAUACAAGGCUAUAUCGAGCAGUCCGUGGGCGGCAAAACUAGGGGGGUUCUGGCAGACUGCGAAGAAGCAGGGCGAACAGUACUACGACACGGCGAGCAAGCAAUACGCGUCCACCAGCAAAGAAGCAACCGUCGGCGUCUCGACCCUCAUCAGCCAUGCACGCAACCUCUCUGUCCAGGCCAACGAUGCGACUACCUCCACAGCAAAAGACGCGCCGACCGAGCAAGACGCAAGCAAGGAGGACAUGACCCCUCAUCCCGACCGCCCCGAGUCGCUUACCGCCGACAUUGUUAAAGAAGCUGAGGGGAUCCUCUCACUCUUCCGCUCCAACGCCUCCAAGCGCCUCAAAGAGCUACAGAAGGCCGAAGACGCCGCCGACGAAGCGCUGCUCAAGUUCGGCUCCAACAUCCGCAACUUCCUGAGCGAAGCCGUCAGCAUCGCGCCCCCAGCGUCCGGAUCGCAGGCCGAGAAGGACGGCGCCGUACUCUUCGAAUCAAAGGACAGCAGCGGGAAGAAGGUGGUGCACGCGACACGCUUCGACGCACAGCUCCACGUCAUUCACUCGUCUCUCGACUCGUUCCUGAAAGACCCCGCGAGCCCGCAGUGGGAGGCGUGGAAGAAGAGCUUCGACGCGGAGAAGAAGACGGAUGCCAUCGCAAAGGACUUGGAGAAACACGAGGAGCUGAGGACUGCCAUGGAGAAGGUUGUCCCCGAGAAAGUAGACUAUGCGACGUUCUGGUGCAGAUACUACUUCCUGCGCCACGUUAUCGAGAGCGAGGAGCAGCGCAGGAGGGAGAUGCUGAAGGCAUCCGCACCCGCCGACGAAGAAGAAGUAGACUGGUCCUCCGGCUCCGAGUCCGAGUCCGACGAUGACGUCGCCGCAAAAUCCACAGCCAAACCCACCACCACCGCCGCCAAGCCUUCCGAGCCAAGUCCCAAAUCCACAUCCACCUCCGACCUCACAAAGAGCCAAACAACCAUCAAGCCCGAAACUGAGUCAGACACUCUGAAGCCCGCACAACCGCGCCGCUCGAAUGACGAGAAGAGCGUAGCGGACAGUGAUGCGAGUUAUGAUCUGGUUAGUGGAGCGACAAGUCGGGCGCCGAGUCGGGCGCCGGGGAGUCCAAAGGGGAAGGCGAGUGAUACGAAGGUGGUUGAGGAGGAGAGCGAGGAUGAUGACUGGGAGUAGCCUCAAUGAAGCUUGUUUGUAUUGGCGCAAGGGCGUUUGGGGAGAGGUAGCGAUCGUCAUGUGCCAACGAUCAGGAAUCAUGACUCUGGAUAUGGAUACACGCAUAAGCACAUCAAUUGGAGAAUUUCAUUGCGGGUCUUGGGCUUGG